UGGGCUGACUUGCCUUGAUAGACACUCUGGCUGCGUUCAGAGUGAUCAUAACGCCACGCGCGGCCUGUAGAAACAUGGCGUCGAAGGGACUCCGUCAACGCAGCAGACGGGGAAGCAAACAAGAUGCCAACAACGUGAACAACACACCAAGCGCUGACAACCGAGCAACAAAAGACGACAAAUGUGUUGAGGACAAUAAGUCAAGUGACCCACGAAAUGAGUCAUCCAGUAAGGCAGGACAGGUGUGGGCUCCUGAGGGCUCCACGGCAUUCAAGUGCUUAGUCUCAGCUCGCUUCUGUGCGGCUUUACUCAGUAACAUCUCUGACUGUGAUGAAACCUACAAUUACUGGGAGCCAACUCACUACCUACUGUAUGGAACAGGAAUGCAGACAUGGGAGUAUUCUCCGGCCUACGCGAUUCGGUCCUAUGCCUAUCUUUGGCUCCAUGCCCUUCCUGCCUGCUUUCAUUCCAAAAUAUUACAAACCAACAAGGUCCUGGUGUUUUACUUCCUGCGCUGCAUGUUAGCUUUUACCUGUUGUGUGUGUGAGCUCUAUUUCUACAAGGCCGUGUGUAAGAAGUUUGGCCUGCAUGUGGGACGUCUUCUCUUGGCAUUCCUUGUCUUGAGUGCAGGGAUGUUCUGCUGCUCUGCAGCUUUCCUCCCCAGCACCUUUUGCAUGUACAGCACCGUGGUAGCUAUGACUGGCUGGUUCCAGGGGCGCCCCAGUCUGGCUGUAUUGGGUAUUGCAGCGGGGGCCAUAGUGGGCUGGCCCUUCAGCGCUCUGCUGGGCAUACCCAUUGCCUUUGACCUGCUGUUGUUGAAGAAGAAGUGGAAAAGUUUUAUCACAUGGACUCUGGUGGCGUUGCUGCUCUUUCUGGUUCCUGUUGUUGUGGUUGACAGCUACUACUAUGGCAAGCUGGUGAUUGCUCCUCUGAAUAUAAUACUCUACAAUGUAUUCACCCCUCAUGGACCAGAUCUCUAUGGCACAGAGCCAUGGCAUUACUACUUUGUGAAUGGUUUUCUGAAUUUCAACAUUGUAUUUGUGUUGGCCCUGUUUUCUCUUCCUCUCACUGCUCUUAUGGAGGCACUGCUUCAAAGGUUCAAUGUACAGAACCUGGGCCGGCCAUACUGGUUAACCCUGUCACCAAUGUACCUAUGGAUGCUGGUGUUCUUCACUCGUCCACAUAAAGAGGAGCGUUUUUUGUUUCCCAUCUACCCUCUCAUCUGUCUGUGCGGGGCUGUGGCGCUUUCCUCGCUUCAGAAGUGCUAUCACUUCAUAUUCCAGCGCUACCGUCUGGAGCACUACACCAUCUCUUCCAACUGGCUGGCCCUCGGCUCCAUGCUGCUGUUUGGAGUGCUCUCGCUGUCCCGUUCUGUGGCACUCUUCAGAGGCUAUCAUGCUCCGCUGGAUUUGUACCCAGAGUUUCACCGCAUUGCUAAAGACCCCGCCAUCCACACGGUGCCAGAUGGUAGAAUGGUCAAUGUUUGUGUAGGAAAAGAGUGGUACCGCUUCCCCAGCAGUUUCCUGCUGCCCAACAACUGGCACUUACAGUUCAUCCAGUCAGAGUUCAGGGGUCAAUUGCCUAAGCCAUUUGCCAUGGGACCUGAUGCCACCUGGAUACUCCCACCAGAUAUGAACGAUCAGAACCUCGAGGAGCCGUCACGAUACGUGGAACUGAAGCAGUGUCAUUACUUGGUGGAUCUGGCAACAGACACAGAGGCCCCUCGAGAACCACGAUAUGCUGCUAACAAAGAGGAGUGGAGUAUUAUCGCUGACAAGCCUUUUCUAGACACUACCAGGUCCUCCAGAUUCUUCAGGGCCUUUUUUAUCCCAUUUCUGUCUGAGCAGUACACCACCUACAGCAGAUAUGUCAUCCUGAAACCACGACGACCCAAACACACCCGGAAAAGAACGCAGCCUUGAUUCGCUGUUCCUGUUACUUUCCAUCAUUGUAUCUCUCCAUCAGUCCUCUCCUGUAGUGAAUCAUCAUUUGCCCCAAGAUCUUCCCCUAAACUCUUUCUCUUUCUCUCUCUCUCUCUCUUUCUCUCUCUGUGUGUGUGUUGACCUAUCAAACCAUGUGGUGUCUGCCUGUAUUUAGGCAUCCGUAUUGACGCCCAUUCUGGACAGUUCCAGCAGAGAGCCUGGAUGCCUUACCCAUUUUACCAAUAGUGGCCGAUCAUCUCAGCUCCAUUCCAUUGCCAUGCCCUUACGCUGCAUAAUUAAACACUGAUGCCUGCUUGGGCUUUUCUGCAUCUUUCAUUUCAGAAGAUUUCUGUUAAGACGACCCUUUAAGGGCUACAGUUACUCAUUUUUAAUGACCGCAUCCUUUUAAUUUCACCUGGUCUGGGACAAUGAACUGUACUCCAUAAAUGCAGAUCCCAAUCCAUUUUGUCGCCAUCCAUUCAGAGUUCAACAGAAGACAUGAACUUAAUUUGUCCUGUUUGAGCAACUGGUCCUGGCCAGCAGCAGCAUCUCAGGACGAAGGUUGCACCAAAAAACUCUCUGUUGUCUCCAGUUGCGUUGUCCGUAUAAGUGGGGAUUGACUCGAAAAUGGUCAGGUUGCCGACCAGGACAGUUGAGUGUUUACAUUCCAAAUCAUGUUUGUCAUCUUAAUCAUAACAGUGCUAACUAUGAUCGAGUUAAAUAAAAGAAGGCUGUCUGAAUGAGCAUGGGUAUGCCAUCUCUGAGGGUUAAUUUCUGGAAUAAAUUUUGGACACACA